GCGGCGCGUCCCCCCCGCCCGCCGGCGGAUCCCAGCGCGCCCCGAGGCGGCCCCGCCGCCCGCACCGCACCGCGAGGCCCCGGAGCGGCGGGCCCGGCUCCCGCCGAGCGCCGAUCACCCAGAAGACACAAUGAGCGUUAAAGCUUUCAAGCUCGUUUCUGCUGUUGAGCGGGAGAUGUUAAUGGGAGACAAAAAUUACAUCAACAUUGAGUGCAUUGAGUGCUGUGGGAAGAACCUCUACAUUGGAACCAAUGACUGCUUUAUCUAUCACUUUAUGUUGGAUGAAAAGGUAUCAACAGCUGGAAAAAUAACUUUUGCUGCUACCAAGCAACUGCAUAAAUAUCUGGGCUUGAAGAAGCCUGUGAGCGAGUUGAAAGCAGCCUCUGCCCUCACCAGACUUCUCGUGCUUUGUGACAACACGAUAACACUAGUUAACAUGAUAAACUUGGAACCCGUCCCCACCGGUGCCAGGAUCAAAGGAGCUGUGACGUUCACGUUGAACGAGAACCCCGUGAGCGGGGAUCCGUUCUGCGUGGAGGUCUGCAUCAUCUCAGUCAAGCGUCGGACCAUUCAGAUGUUCAUGGUGUUUGAAGACAGAGUCCAGAUAGUCAAGGAAGUGUUUACUCCAGAGCAACCCUGUGCUGUGGCCGUAGAUGGAUACUACUUAUGCCUUGCACUUACUACACAGUAUAUAAUUUUGAAUUAUAAUACCGGCGUCUCCCAGGAUCUGUUUCCUUAUUGCAGUGAUGAGAAACGACCAAUUGUGAAAAGGAUAGGCAGACAAGAGUUUCUCUUGGCUGGCCCUGGAGGACUAGGCAUGUUUGCAACCGUAGAUGGGAUCUCACAGCGUGCCCCAGUGCACUGGUCAGAGAAUGUGAUUGGGGCAGCUUUGUGCUUUCCUUAUGUGGUGGCUCUCGAUGAUGAAUUCAUUACGGUGCACAGCAUGCUGGAUCAACAGCAAAAGCAAACCCUGCCUUUUAAAGAAGGUCACAUUCUACAGGACUUUGAAGGAAAGGUAAUUGUUGCUACGAACAAGGGUGUGUAUAUCUUGGUGCCACUACCUUUGGAAAAACAGAUUCAAGAUCUUCUAGCUAGCCACAGAGUAGAAGAAGCCCUUGUUCUAGCAAAAGGAGCUCGAAGGAAUAUUCCAAAAGAGAAAUUUCAGGUAAUGUACAAACGAAUCCUGCAGCAAGCAGGUUUUAUACAGUUUGCACAGCUUCAGUUCCUUGAAGCAAAAGAACUCUUCAGAAGCGGCCAGCUUGACGUCCGGGAGCUGAUCUCUCUCUACCCCUUCCUGUUGCCUACUUCCUCUUCAUUUAUCCGGUCUCAUCCCCCUCUGCACGAGUACGCCGACCUAAACCAGCUGACCCAAGGGGACCAGGAGAAGAUGACAAAAUGCAAACGAUUCCUCAUGAGUUACUUGAAUGAAGUCCGCAGCACUGAGGUUGCAAAUGGCUACAAGGAGGAUAUCGACACAGCUUUACUCAAGCUAUAUGCAGAGGCAAAUCAUGAAAGCCUGCUGGACCUGCUGGUUUCAGAGAACUUUUGUCUUUUGACAGACAGUGCUGCCUGGUUGGAAAAACACAAAAAGUAUUUUGCACUUGGUCUCCUGUAUCAUUACAAUGGUCAGGAUGCUGCAGCACUUCAGUUAUGGGUGAAAAUAGUUGAUGGAGACAUUGAAGAUUCUACGCGUUCGGAUCUCUAUGAAUAUAUCGUAGACUUCCUGACAUUCUGCUCAGACCAAGACCUUGUGUGGAAGUAUUAUGAAUGGAUUUUACAAAAAAAUGAAGAGGUCGGCGUACAGAUUUUCACUAAAAGGCCUUUGGAAGAACAGGAGAAAAGCAUUAAUCCGGAUGAUAUCAUCAGUUGCCUUAACAAAUAUCCUAAAGCUCGUGUCAAAUAUCUAGAGCAUCUAGUACUGGAAAGAAAGAUAGAGAAAGAGAAGUACCAUACUCAUCUAGCUGUCUUGUACUUGGAGGCAAUAACCCAGCUAAAAUCUGAGACCACAGAUAAUUGUACAGAAACAACUGAACUGCUGCUUAAAUUACGUAGUUUGCUUCAGAAAUCUGAUCUUUAUAGAAUUCGCUUUAUUUUGGACAAAAUCCAGGGCACAGACCUUCAUAUGGAAAGUGCAAUUUUAUACGGGAAACUAGAAGAACAUGAGAAGGCUUUGCAUAUCCUUGUCCACGAGUUAAAGGACUUCCACGCUGCUGAAGAAUACUGCAUAUGGAACUCUGAGAACAGAGACGUGCAGUACAGACAGAGGCUUUUCCAUAUGCUGCUGUCAGUGUAUUUAACUCCAGGCACUUCGGAUUGUGCGCUAGUCAUGGCUGCUGUGGAUCUCUUGAAUAACCACGCUGCUGAAUUUGACGCGGGUCUAGUUUUGCAGGUGGUGCCUGACAGCUGGUCAGUGCAGCUCCUCUCCCCGUUCCUGGCCGGAGCAGUGAGACAAAGCAUCCACACAAAAAGAAUGACUCAGGUUGCACUUAGCUUAGCACAAGCUGAAAACUUAAUUUACAAGCAUGAGAAGGUUAAACAGAGAGGAACUCCAAUUCUUCUUUCAGACAAAAAGGUCUGUCAGGUGUGCCAAAAUCCUUUCUGUGAGCCUGUAUUUGUAAGAUACCCAAAUGGGAGUGUGGUCCACACGCACUGUGCUGCCAACAGACAUCUGAAUUCAAAUGUGACUCAUCACUCUUCCAGCUCCAACAAUCAAACUUGAACUGUGUUCCAGUCCCACAGGUUCCCAUGACUUCUACCCUACUGAAAGUGGGCUGGAGAGAAAGAAUGAAGUGCAGCUACUUUAAGUAUAAAUCAAGAUGGACAGCUAGUUUUUUGGGUUAAUGGGAAGACUUCCAGUAAAUAUGAAACAUUGCCACUUAUAUUUCUGAUUUCUAAUGAAUGUAGAUAGAAAAAAAAAAAAAUCACUACCAGACAUGGAGAGGUGCAAAUAUGGGCUCUUCUGUAUAUAGGAAUAAACAAUUAAAAAAAUGAGCCUUUUCUUCACAGUGAGGAAGAAUGUUAUGGAGUCAAGGCAAACAGUUAUUUUAAGAACUGUCACUUUGCACUGAAUAUGGUGUUCGUGAGUUUGUAGAGGUGGAGGUGGCAUCUAUUGAGUUGGAAUUCUUGAAAUGUGAUGGGACAAGAUUGGUGUGGUGCAGCUUGCCAUCAAGACAGAAACGUGUCGAUUAUAAUGUUUGCUGCAGCAUGUCUUCUUUUGGGCUGAAUUCUCUUCCCCAGGAUCACAUUAUGAAAUUUUUUUUUUUCUCUACAAAAUGUUGGGUCUUGAUGCACUUUUUAGUACCUCCCUCCCAUCCACCUGCUAUAUGGAAUUUAAAUGUAAGCACUGGUCUGUUAGGUUUCAGCUCCUGCAGUCACUGUAAUAAACUAAGUGGAAACUGCCAGCCUCAGUCACACAGGUGUGCUUGGAAGAAGAAAAGAAAAAGCAACAAAGAUUGUCUGGUCAGACUGUAGUCACUUUUAUAUGGGGGAAGAGACCUUAAGUUUAAUAUUGAUUUAUUUAUUAAUAUGCAAAUAUACUGUACAUACAGUUGAAUAAAUUGAUCUUAUCAUUCUAGAGUUUCUUUGGAGGAUUAAGAUGUAGCUGAUACAUAACUGUACAGAUUAUGUGAGAAGUGUUUGCUAUAACAUAACUUAGGCAGGUUGGAACACCAUGAGAACAGGUCCUAGUCCUUGUUGAUAACUUUAUGCAAUCAAAACCACAGAAAGAAGGUAUAAUUGGCAAGAAAUCUACAAAAGUGCACUACAGGGGUACUGGAUUUGUUAUAUUCUACUAAACAUUCUGUAAAUUAAGGUUUUUCAAAUAACAACACAAACCCCUUAUUUAAUUGCUCUGAUCUGUAUUCAUGUUUCUAUUUAACCAUUUUAAAUUGAUAAUUUAAAAGAAGCUGCUUCCCCCCAGAGAACUCAGAAAAAUGAAAACUUUAAAUAAAAGUUAAGUAUCUCAAAGUUUAAAGCAUUUCUUUUAAUUCUGUAAAACUCUAAUAAAUGCCAAGCUUACUGACCAGCAUGCACCUGAUCCCUGUUUCAGCAUUCCAAAUCAGUGGAGCCUUUCAGCAAAAUGGAGUAUGUGCAUGGUACUUUAUAGAAUCAUAGAAUAUACUGAGUUGGAAGGGAGCCAUCAGGAGCACUGAGUCCAGCUUGUGCCCUGUGCAGGACACCCCAAGGAUCACACCACGUGCCUGAGAGCCUUGUCUAGAUCCAGUCUGCUUUUACAGAAAGACUGGCUUAUGAAACUGCCUUCUAAGUGUAGCGCUGCCUCCAAGAAGGGGCAGCCAGACCUCAGCCAGGGGAAAAAGACUUCCAUCUCUUUCUUAUAGCAUCAUGCAAUGGUUUGGCAUGAAAGGAACCUUAAAGAUCACCUACUCUAAUCCCCCUGCCAGGGGCAGGGACACCUUCCACUUGGCCAGGUUGUUCAAAGUCUCAUUCAGCCUGGUCUUGAACACAUCCAGGGAUGCGGUGUUCACAACCUUUCUGAGCAACCUGGCCCAGUGUGUCAGUGCCCUCUGAAGAAUUUUUUCCUAAUUCCUGAUCUAAAGCUGCCCUCUGUCAGCUUAAGGCCGUCUGCCUUUGUCCUAUCACUACAUGGGUACAAAGUCCCUCUCUGGCUCCCUCAUGAGCUCCCUUCAGGUACUGGGAGGUGCUAUAAGGUCUUCCCAGAACCAUCUCUUUUCCAGGCUGAACAACCCCAGCUCUCAGCCAUAGGAGAGGUGCUCCAGCCCUCUGAUCAUCUGAGUGACCCUGCUCUGGCCUCAUUCCAACAGCCCAACAUCUUUCUUGUGUUGGGGGCCCCAGAGCUAGAUACAUCACUCGAGGUGGGGAGUACUUUGCUUUAAAGCAAAAGACCUUUGAAUCUUUCCUUUCUUUUGAAAUUAGGAACGUAUAACCAUUGUGUUGAAUUUCAUUAAUUUUUAAAAACCCAAGUAAGGAAUUUUGUAGUGCUUUCUAGUAAGAUAUGUAAGCCAUAUUUAGUGAGAGGCACUACAAAGAGGUCGGGUAUGGGUGUUUCUGACUCAAUUCAGGCUUGAGUGAUUCUGCUGUGGCUGGUAUGAGCAGACCAUCUUGUAUUCGUGGGUUUUGAACACUAUAUGUGCAACUGGCAGUGAUGACAUAGACAAAUUUGUAGUCCCCGGUCCUCAAAAUACUUGCUGGUAGAGAAGUGGUUUUUACAAAGACCCUGUAAGACUUGGGUGCAGUAGCCUGCAUAUUUCAUGAAAAAUACUUUCAUUUGCUGCCAGCAUCCUCAGUGUGCUCUUUGUUCAAUUUAAUAAGGAGUACUAAAACAAAGACCCUUCUCCAUGAUUUAGACUAAUUCUAGCUACCAGGUAGUGAUGAACUUAAUCUUGUCAACGGCUGUUGCAAUGGAAUAAAUAUCGUAUCAUUCCAGACCACAGGAAAGUUCUUAAUUGUUGUUGCAUGAAAAGGUAUGUCUGUAAAAGAUUAAACAAUCUUUUAUUAAUUUUUUUUUUUUGCAGAUGUGUGUUUUGGCUAAAAUGCGGCAGAAAUAGUAAUUGUCCGUACAGAACAAAUACAGAAAUCAGAAUAAUGCAGGGUAGCGUAUUUGCAAUUGUAGGUGUUCAAAAGUGUGAUUAAUAUUUAAAUUGGGGACAUCUAAUUCUUUUAGACCUCCCCCCCCACCCCCAAAAUGUGGACUCGAGAAGUAUUGACCCGUUUCUUUUCUAAAUUUUAUACUAGAGCUCCUUUGGAUGAAUUAGUAUGGAAAUCCCUAGGUAAUAAAAGGAAAAAGCAAAAAAAACAAUGUAAGGCUGAGGCAAAGCAAGAGCUCAGCAGGGAGAUGGCAAGAGGACAAUGCUGUUCCACUGUGUGUGCAGUUGGGAUAUUACGGGACCAGCGGAGACGUUGGCCUGUGUCAGAGUGGUGCUUGGUAUUCUGUACUUUGUCACCAGGAAAUCUGUGAAAGGUCUGCAUUAGAAUUUCCUUGGGUAGGACAACACCCCUUGGGUAAGAGAACUUUGUGCUGGGGAACGAGUUCAUUUCUCUUUUUAUUUUGGCACUGUCAGUUUGUUCAUUUUUGGCUUAUGUACGUGAAGUCCUGGGAUAGCAUUGCGUUAAGUUCUGGUGUGGCUGCAGCAGUGUGAAGGGAAUGACUGAUAAUCUAGUUGCUGACUGGAUAUGUGAAGAAGGAGAGCCAGGAAAGAAGAAUAUUUCUCUGACCAUCCUUCUGGUUUGGAUAUUAAAUGCCUUCUGGGAGUUUAAGCUUGAUGCAAUCUUUUUAUCUACCGUCAAGCAAUGUGGUGUCUUGGACCUGCCCUUGGAGAGAGGAGGUUCUGUCAGAAUAUUUCUUCUUAAUUUAGCUGUUGCUAAAUUGUUUGUAAUUCAUCUCUGUCCCUUUUUUCCAGUGAGUCUCCUCCACCUUUUAUGUGUGAAAACCAAAACAGAAGUGCAGAUAGGUUUGUUUUGGUUUUUUUUUAAUGUGACAGUGUGUCUGUGAUUCAGGACAUAGUAACUGAGAUUAGUUUCUCAUACAGAUGCCUCUGCAGAUAAAUGAGACAUGUUUGCUUAACAUGCAGCUUCUACUUAUUGAAAUGUGGCAGCUCUGACUUUUUUAGCUAUCCACUGUUACAGUUGAUGGCACAUCCAAAAAGCACUUGUUAAACCUUCUCCUGCCCUUUCAUAUCUACAUACUUCCUCACAUAAAAAUUACCUAUGAUAUGGAUAUGUCAUCAUAUGCAGUUUUUCCUUCUUUAAGCCAAAAAGAAGAAAAAUCCUAAGGAGAAAAAAUUGCUCAGAAUCUGGCACUCUGCUCAAAACAAGAGUCAUGCUCUACAUUCAUGAGAAAGAAUUCAAUUACAUCUUCAUUUCUUCUAUUUACAUGGUUAAGUUGUCACAUGGAGAUCAGUAUUCUUGUAAUAUUGUCAAAGUCUGGAGAAAAUAAGCAUUUGGGAUUUGUUACACAGAGCACACCACGGGUGCCUAUGAACUGCCUUCCUCAGACAGCCCAUGCUGUGGUGACUCAAGUGUGCUCAGGAGUCCAGGUUACAAAGAUAACUUCUCUCUUUGCUCCCAGUCUCCAGAAACUUUCCAGCCUUUAUUAUCUUUACUAGCACUUAAUCGACAUAGGUAUAAAUCUUGAGAGGUCUGGGGAACUCUUGAUCACAUUUGUCUUCAGUAAAAUGUCUUUUUUUUACAUCAACACGUGAAACCCUACUAACCUGAGCUGUGGAAAGGUGCUGGUAGGGAUGCAGUAUGUGUAUGUUUUCUGAAAACUUUAUUACAUGUUUAAACACACAAGCAUUAUCCUGACUAUGCUGAGUCUUUAUAACAACAUCUGUUCUUUGCAGGACUCCUGUCCUGAAUGACAUUGAAAAGUAUUUUGUUUUAUGCUGUUCUAUCAAGAAGUAAUUUUUUAUUUUAUAAUUCUUCCCUCUCUUCAGCAUGGCUCUAAGUGUUUUAUUAACAUCCCGCUGUUCAUAAUAGGCAGCAACUAAUACAUUUUCAUUGUGAGCUCUCUUCCUAUUGCCUACAUUUGCUAAUUAAUUUUUCUCUUACUGUACAACACUUUGGGGCUUAUGCCUUGUGAACACUGGUAAUUAAAUGUGCUGCUACUUUUUAGGGGAAAAGAAGAAAAGAAGUUAAUGACAUUCUGUAAUAUCUGAUUGAUUGCAAAACUGAAGUUCCCCUGCAGUAAAUUCGUUCAGAUGGAAAUCUGUACUGUUAAGGCUUUCGGACUUAGUGGUUAUUUGGUGAACAUAUACAGCGGUAUGUGAAAUGUAUAAAUGUAUAUAUAUGUUGAUUUUUAAUAAAAAAGUCUUUUAAUUA